GCUAAAACUAGUGUUGCAUAUAUUGCUCCUCACUUUUCCUCCCUGUCUCCACACACACACACACACACCAAUUGGGACACAGAGUAAAUCUCGGCAUAAACUGUUACCCUAAGAAGAGCCCUGCUGAGCUUACCUGUGUGUUCACGUGUGGUGUAUAGUGUUAUAGCACUGCAGCUUACUACUAGUAUAGUGGCUAUGUGCUGUGUCUAUAUGUAGAAACAAGGGCUGUUCUAUGUGCACUUCCAGACAACAAUUGUAGCCUGAACCCUCUGCUCCAUAUAGUCUCUUUUUAUUUUGAUUAUAAACGCCACUCAUUAUUCCCAUAUUCCUUAUAUGCUCAAUUCCCCCAACUCGACACAAAAUACAUUCGAACAACACACAUACAUACACAUACACAUACACAUACACAUACAUACACACAAUAUAUAUUCCGUGCAAUCUUGCUUUCUGUCAAAAUUUGGUUAGCCGGCGGCUGUUCACGUUCGCCUCUCUCUGUAGUCGCAACAACCUCCACUUCCAGAGAGAAGUCUGCUUACGAUUAUUAUCAACACUCACUGAAUUCAAUAUUGGUCAACAAACCAUCAAGAGUAUAACACGACUGUCGCCUGUCAACUCAAACUUAUCAUUCGGCUGCUGUCGACAACCAAGUGCGUAGUCGCAUACAGGGCCCCGCCCUCACAAAACCCAAAGUAAACACACUUUCCCCAAUACAACUCUCCUCUACAUAUAACCCAGCUCUCGCCCUGGCUCACCUGGAUCGACAUACCUGUCCACUGAGCCUCUGACCAUCUGUCUGCUUCGUGGCUGUUCAUUUAUUGCACAGCACAACAGAUCAAGAGAAGGAAAGGAACGAUCUGAGAAGAAUAUUCUGAGGAUACUCUACUUGGCGCCCAUUUGUGGCAUACAGCCUCAUUGGUGUUUGGUUGCUAUAUAUUCUGUUGUUGGUCAGUCAGUCUAGUGAAAGAGUGAGUGAGUGAGUGAGUGAUAUGUUAGUUUGUUGAUAGAUCAAACAACGUCUCAGAUCGACACUCGACAGACAAACAGCACAGGUCACGACAGACACCACUAAGAGAUAGAACAGAAGAGAAGAGAAGAGAACACAGCAGUCGCAGUGGGACACAAACAGGUACAGACAGACAAAAGAACAGAGAAAGAACAGAUCAAAGCCCCUCCCCAAGUAGACAAGCAGUGGGUUGUUUGGUGGGGUUACAGAGUGGGAGAAGAAAUUGGGGGAAACAAAACGAGAAACGAGAGACUGCAGUAAUUUGCGGUCAAUCCACGAGAGAUAGAGAGAAAGAAGGCCAAGAAAGAAGCAGUCCAUCCGUCUUUGGCACGAUUGGCAACCGAGUUGUUUCACAGUCACAGUUCGCUUUAAUCAGCACUGGUCUAACAUUUGUAUGUUAUUACAUUGCAACACCAAAUCAUCAUCACCUCCUAAACUGAAGCAGUAGAAGACAUACUAGAAGACAGUGGCCAUCAUCCCCAUUGUGUUAUCUGCUGUCGAUCUGAAGUUGACCAUCCUAAUUUUACAUUGUUCUGCUGCUUUUCUUCUCUAUUGGCGAAGAAUAAAAUAAAGAGUUGUGACAUUCUGAAGAGAGGAGUUGAUACCUCAGAUUGAGAGACCACAGAGGCCAUCACGUCUUUCAACUUGCAUUUAAUUCUUAUUUGCGACAUCCUCAGAUUGUCAGUUGCUUCGCUUUUUGGAUAUUUUGCCGAACAGGAGUAAAAGUAUACGACAAUAGAAGUAUCAUCGGCAUCUUGGUUCGAUUCACUGACUUCAGCGAUUAUUCUUUAAUUACAUCACAGACGGUGCAACUUGUGUGGCAUGUCUCUGCCGGUCCAUUCUCCCCCCUCCAUCCUCCUCCUCUCCUCAUUAUUUCCUAUUCUGGGGUGCAUCUCAUUUCUCCCUCUUCUUUCAUCCGCCCAAGAUACGAAGCAGUGUCACGAACUAGUAGCGGGGGCCAGUUUGGAGGCGAGGCUGGCGGUGGCGGGGGAGAAGGAGGGGUCAGUCACUCUUCCUUGCGACACUUCCAACUCUUUUGAUGACAACUUCAAGUGGAUGCGCAGUUCAGACUCUGAGGGAGUCAUAUUUGAACCCAUCUUCAUCCCAGGCAGCCAACGGAACGAUAAGUUGUACAGGGUUGGCUCUGGGUCCAGUAGUGCUCUGGUGGUGGACAAGGUUUCGAAAGAUUCCAGUGGUUUCUACUGCUGCGAACUGUUCCAUGGGAGUCCUUACAAGUCUAGCGCGGAGAAAGCGUUUGGAGUGCUGGUGCUUCCCGCUAACUUCCAGCCAAUUCUAUCCGGCAUGCCCUUGGAAGCAGCAGAAGUUGGAUCACAAGUCACUCUCACCUGCACUCCCCCCUCGGAAGAGACACGGCUGGGGGACAAAAUUGUGCCCACUGUCAAAUGGCAAGUGCCGUCCACUGUUCCUCAGCCAGAAGAUGGGGCGACAGAGUUCACUUUCAGUGUGAAGGAGGCUUUGAAUGGAGCCCAAUUCCGGUGUCUGUUCGACUACCCCCAAAUUAGAGAGUUCCCCUCCGAGCAGAAAACUCUGGGGGUUAAGUUUGCGGCUCGAUUCCUGGAAGCAGAAUCGACAGACAACAGGGACCCUGUGGCAGUGGAAUUGACUGGCUCCACUACCAUCAGUUGUGCCUUCGAGGCAAACCCCCCUGUGGAGCCCGAGACAGCCUUGUUCCAGUGGAAGAGAACUCUGGUGGAGUCACCGCAGACAGGGAUGGGUGGGGAGGAUGAUGGGGAUGGAGUGAGUGGUGGGGCUCAGUGUGACAUGAAGAGAAAAGAGGGGGUGCGUGAGGAGAAAGUGGUACCGGAUGAGGACACUGAGUUGGUCCCCACCAGCAGAAUGGGCGAGGGAGGAGUGGGGGCGGGGCAGAAGACUGUGACAGUGUUCUCCCUCACCAUCAAGAACUUCGACUCUGACAAGGAGGGAUGCUACACCUGCUCCCUCUCCCUCCCCAACUCUGAGAACACACUCAGCAGGAGCUUCAACCUAAUAGACCAGUCGACGCUGAAGAGUGUGGACUCACGAGUGCCCCUGUCGCUCUCACUCUCAACUGCAGUGACCUGUUCCCUCAUCAUGCAAACACUCAUGUGAUCACUAAUUACAUCAUACCAGCAUAAGACAAACAGUGUGAACAGACAAGGAACACACUAUAGUGUCAAAGAGAACAACAACACAACAUCACAAAAUGCUCCCUUCUUCGUUCUUGUUCGAAGAUUGCUCCCACAAAUUAAGAGCGCCGCCCGAAAUAAUCAUUGGGUUAUAAUUCCAGCAGCAGUAAAUGAACAGAAACAGCACCAGAUAAGUAUCCCCCCUGGGCUUCAUGGUUGGCAUUUAUCUGGCAUCAUUUCACUGCAUGUCCCUGUACACUAGAUGAUCCCUUCUGGCACCCCAGAGUGAAAAUGUUGCAGAGGAGGAACUGAACGAAGCGCCAUCAUAGCAGAAUAGACUCAACCCACCGCAGACAACCAGACCAUUUGUGGCUGUAAAAGCUCCCAGCUGUACUACUUAUCAUAUUACUCUAAAGUAACACCACACAAUGAACUCCCAUUGCUUCAGUUGGCUCACUUAACCCAAAGCAGUUGUUGUUUUUUGUUGUUUUCAAUGUUUUAGCUGGAAUUUCUACUCAGUAUCUUUUGCUCACGCAUAACUCUAUUCUAAUAAUUCGGUUUUUCAAUCAGUAAUUUGUAAAAAUAACUUAACCUAGAUGUAUUCUAUUCGUUCAUAAAUGUUCCAUGCCCGUUUGGCGCAAGCUCGAUGCAUGAGAUAAAUGGAGGAAGUGUCCUUGCUUGGCUUUUUGAUUAAUCCAUCCUCAAAUCAAUUUGAAAAGAGAAAAAAUGUGUUGUUUUCACUUUUCAGCGAGAUAAGCGUUAAUGAUUUUAUUCAACGACUUGUAAUAUCUUUUUUUUUCUCUACUUUUUUGUGCAUAUGAAACUAUAAAAGAAGUCACCCUGACGUGUUAGACUUAUGGAGAUAUUGAAAUAAAAAAAAAACAAUAAAUUAUUCGAUGGAGUUUUAUUUUGUCUCCUUUCGACAGAAAAUGACCAUAAGGUGGCUGUGCCUCUCCCUCCAUUCCACUCUAACAACAAACCAACCCCCCCCCCCCCCCCCCAAUCACCCUUAGUCUGUUUAUGUUGAAUUUGUGAUUGUCAAUUUGUAAUGUGAAUCGAUAGCAAAUUUAUUUUAUAAUGAA